CCACAGCACUGCAGGAAGGAGUUUCAUUAUUCCAAAGCUUUGCUACAAGGAUGGCGGAGCUUCUCGGCGCAAUGCUGCGAAUGACAGUACUUCUGCUUGCGUUGGCUUGUGUAGCAGCCAAAAGGUUAGUUAAAUUGGUCUUUCUACAGCGAUUAGGUCUCUGGUUUUGUCUUGAUCUUUUUUGGAUUCAUUAGUUUCGGCUCACAUUGUAUCAGUAACACAAACUGCAAAAUGUUGGGUAAUCACGCUUCAGCAUUUAUCCACUACGUCGAUUCACUGAAAGUGAAUGCAAGUCCGCCACAAAAGCCAUAAUAUUAUAAAACGAGUUUUUACUUUCAAUCAAAGCCGGUAAAUUGGGCUGAACUAUUUGAGCUCAAGUGCGUCGUCAACCGUAACGUGAAAGGUAACGGCGCGACGUGCUUCUAGACAAAUGACUACCAUCUAAUUGAGAGAGCACCAAAAAAAUUAGCUCGUGGGAAGAAGCCCUCUUGAAUUUAAAAUAUCGGACAUAAUACUUUUCUCAGUUCAUGAACAUCGUGUUAAUUUGCGAAAGCGUUGACCUGCGCUCCUAACUGGCGAGAAAUAUUAGAUGCAAAGAACGAUAUUUUAAAGCAUACCAGAAUAAAAUUGUAAUUGGUGAUUUUUGUGGCCACCUAGUUCGCAAGGGCUCUGAAGAAUGCGCUUUGAAGUGUAUGUAUGCACCGGAUCGAACUGAAACGUUUUCUAUGAAGAAAGAAAUUGGCCGAUGUGCAACCUUUAUGCUUGAGUGACAGGGCAUUACGUGGGCCGUUUCAUGCCUAGAGCUAAAAAUGCUUUGAAACCGGAAAUACAAAUUAGUUAAUUUGAUUGAAGGAUAGUUUUAUUUGGACUAAUUUUCUAACUAAUGAUAAUGAUGACUAAUUCAAUCAGCACUGAAAGCUUUCAAUUAUUUUCCAUCGGGAAUUGAUGUUUGGAAAUAGACGAGUGUCUAGCUAAAUCUUCCAGAUGUUAAUUGGCAGUUAAAAGAAUUAAAAAUAAACUGCUGCGAAACCGGAAGUGAACCUUCUCGUGAGUGGGCUGUUGAGCUUCUGUUGCAAUUAAACAUUGGCAAAAGUUCUCAGAAUGGUCGGGAGACGGCGAAAGAAGAAAUCUCGCGGUCACACAAUAUGAAACUCAUUUGGGGUAUCCUUUUUGCAGGGCACGUGAAACCCUAUCCGAUAUGCGAGAGUGCAGAUCCGAUCUCAAGCUGUGUUUCGACUUCCUCUAGCAUUAGGUCCUGUUCAUUUCUUGUCCUGAACUGCUGUUGCUGAUUUUAAUCUUGUUUUUCCAAUCACCGCGUAGGCGUCUCAGGAAGUAAAAGUAUUGUUUUUCUCAAACAUCGGGAGCUCAUGAGGGUUUUAAGCAUUUGGCUUUUCUAGCCAGGCAAAAAAAUUGCGAAUUCAGACGAACCGUCACGGAUUGUUAAAUUUUUUAAUUAGAAUCUUAUUUAUGGAUUUAUUCAUACUUUUAAAAGGGUGUUUACUUCAUUUCUCUGCAAGAGUGCCGCUCUACAUGUCAUAACAAAUUACUUUUUUCUUACACUAAUACGAUAUAUAUUCAAAUUUUCUAACAUUAUACUGACAGCUUUAUGUCAAACCCUUUACUAAAGCUAGAUUUCAUUUGAACAAGCAAAAAAAAAAUAAUAAUCCGUAUACUGUAACCGUGCAUCUCUCCAUUUAUCUCGCGCGAAUGGAAUACUAAUUAAGAGAGGUUCGUCAUUUACUUGGUUUCCGUUUUGAAAUGGGAGAGGAGAGGGUGCGUAGUCGAGAAGGACGUCUUAUAGAUUUGUCACAUAAACCCAUUAAGCGUUCAAUUCAACCCACUUGUAAAUUUUUGCUCAUUUAUGACACGCAUCAGUAACAACAUGUUCUCGCGUUGCCAAUCUGUGAUUUUUUUUCUGCUUCUUUCCAUUAAGCCACAAGCGUUUUAUUCGUAUCUUUUUUGUUUCCUUUUUUCUUUUAUCUUAUUUUAUUUGCCAUUUCAUGUAAUAUUACCACAAUUUACAGAAAUUGGUAAAGAAGACAAAAAAAAUAUCAUUUGCGAGAAAUUAUAAAAAAAACAUUGAGGCUUUUAACCUUAGGUUCCAUGAUAAUUAGUAUCAGAGAAAUAUAUUUAGACGAUCGACAUACUAAACAACGUGUUGACAAGCCGCAUAACAGUCCAUAGUAGAAUUACUAGUCGUUGAGAUUAGAUGUUUUUAAGUUUUUUUCUAAAGAAUGCGGGAGACGAAGCGCCGGAUCCCAGGAGUAAGUCGUGAAUUUGGUGGAAGAUUUAUUAUUCAUUCUUCAAUUGUUAUCAUUUCAGGUUUUCUAUAAUGGCUCCCAAUAUGUUUCACAUUGGUGUCCAGGAGAAGGUAUCAGUGACGGUGUUCGACGCACCGCAACCGGUGACAGUGAAGUUAUACUUACAAGACUAUCCACAUAGACAAAAGACAUUCUCAGAAGUGCAAGGAGUUGUGACAAACGGUAACUUAACGUUGGUUAAUAGAAAAAAGUGUUUUUUUUUUCAUGCGACAAUCCCGAUUGUCAAAUUUCUAAUUAUUUUCCUUUCUUUUCUUCAGAUAAAAGCAUUUUUCUUCCCAUAAAGGUACGACAAUUUGAUCAGUUUAACUUGUAAUGGGUAAUUUAUGUUGCAAGUGUUGUCUAAAUUCAGGGGAAAGUGGGUGCUGGCUCACUGUUAGUGUUUCCUUAGGUAAACAACAUCGUUUUUUUAUACCGACAUUUUAAAGGCAAAUGCAUGGGCCUGUUGAGAGAAAAAAGGGCUCUAUGAUUCAGGUAUGAAAUAGUAGAUACUAUCUGGGGUUUCAUGAAAGUAUAAUUUUGUUUUUCCAUUAACUGCCGUUUCUUUGACCCUCGCAGGUGGACCCACAGGACCUUUCAGAUCCCAGUUCCGUAGAUAAACAGUAUAUUUAUUUGAUUGCAAAGUCAGAUGAUGGCCACUUUCAGUUUCACAAAGAAGCGAAGAUUCUUUUGAGUUACAAAGACGGGGUGGUAUUCAUACAGACUGACAAACCCGUCUACACACCAAGACAGAGUGGUAAGAUGUUGCGAUUGACCCCCGCCUUUCGACCCAAACCUAAAAAAAAAAAUUCAUGAAGGUAGACGACUACCCUCCCCCGUAUAAUGAACUGAAUCUAACCCAAAUUUCAUUCUAUUAAACAGUGAAAAUCAGAGUGAUGCCGCUUGAGUUUGAUAUGAAGCCAUCAAGGAGGAAGGUGAGUACAUCAAUCACAUGUUACUCCCAGUGGUUCUUGGAUAUUCUUUUCCCAUCCGAAUCAACUUAGGUUUCAUAAAACUCGUACGGCAAUCAAAUCCUAUUUGCUCUGGAAUCACUCCUUCGUAACAGAGGGUUUAGGAAGCCCUCUUCCCAAACCUAAACCCUUUAUAAUGCAAAGUUAGCUGUUGUGUAGCUCUGUUUCUCUUUUUAAUUGAAGGACCUUGAUGAACAACGACCAAUCAUGUCCAAUUAAUUUUUUUCGAAGAACGUACUAACUUUUUUUCUUUUUUUUUCCUUUUUCCUUGAUAUAGAUUACCGUGGUAGUCAUGGUAAGCAUCUUAACUAUCUUUUUUUUUUUUCAUCUUUUUUCUUUGGUUUGUUUAAGAUCGAUGCUCUGCUGCUGGAGACAUGAUGGCUCAGAUCGAAUGAAAUUUGAACCCAAAUGAAGAACCGAAAACCACAUCGGAUACCAAAUGCUAAAAAACAGAAAAUCCGCAAACCGCAAUGAACACCAAAACCGAAAAACCUAAGUUUUUUGGAACAAAAACCGAAAAAAAAUCGAUCUAAAAAAUAGCUUAAGCCGUGAAAGCUAAAAAUCCCAUUGCCCCCCUCGCCACGAAAUGUCUUGUUAUAAACAAUGUCCUUUGCUUAAUUCUCUCUGAGUGCUUGAACGACGAUGAAUUCGUUGAUCACAGCACAUUCCUUUAACCAAAACUUUUAAGCCUUAUUGGAAAAUAAUUUAUAUCAUCUUUGUUCACUAGAGUUUAGAAUUUGGUCCUAAGCGUGUAACCUUUUUUUUUUCUUUCUUUCUUUUGUUUUCUAGAAUCCACAGGGUGUCCGUGUACAACAGUGGAAAGACUUGGACACCACUACAGGUUUGAAUUGUUCCUUGUCAAACAUUCAGGGAGAUUGUAAAGAAGGUCACAUCAUUCAUGCAAAUUGUCCAUUUUUCCUUUUGAAGCUACGUGUUCGGCUCACAUCCUCUUUUUGAAACUUGCAAGUAGGCCUAAAUCACCUUCACUUUUAUGAAAGAAUUGUAUUUCGAAAAGUGUUUCGAGAACUUAGCUAGUAGAUAAGAGGGCUAAAUAGUUAAUUUUUCUUAAUCACUUGGUUGUCAGCGAACUGAAGUAGUGGAUCAAACUAGACCCCAGUUGUUUUUGGUCACGUGUUUAUGGUUGGGCUAUUUCAAAAUGGCGGCUGGCCUCUGAAGAUGUAGUAACCUUCAAAAUAUGAUUCACGUGUUUUUACGGCCCCGCGAUUCGUGUAAGAUGACUGUACUGUUUAAAUACUUGGUAAACUAGUCUUUCGAAUAUCUAGCUAUCAAGCAAUGCAAAUGAUGGUAAGGUUGGUUGAUUUGAGUGUGUUUCAGAUGAUGAAUGUUAAUUUUGACAUAGUUAAGUUAUUUAUUUCUUUUCUUUUCAAGGUAUCAUAUCAAAAAGGCUCGAACUGGGCGACUUUAUACUUCAUGGUAAUUGGACCAUAACAGCCGUUUACGGUCACCAGGUAUUCCAGAUCUCUAACUUAUUUUUUCUCUGAAUCACACCUCUUACCCGGUCAAUGAGAAUGCCAUUAAAACAAAACAGAUUUCAAUUUGAGAAACAGAAUGAUUUCAGUCACAUGAAGUAAAGAGAAGCCAAAGUACACUUGGUCAUCAACUGAAUUUCGUUUUAUUUAUUCUGUUUUUCUUUUUUUUCUUUUCAUUUUUUUUAAAGAACAUCCACAACACUUCUGUGCAGUUUGAAGUUAAAGAAUAUGGUAAGGAUAUUCUGAAAUACUUAUUAGGUUCCUUAGUAUUUUUCAUGCUAAUAGAUAUGCAUACUUCUUUAAUAUUUUAGUGCUCCCCAAGUUUUCAGUGAAAGUCUCAGUGCCACCUUACAUACUGAAAACAGACGAUGCAUUCGGGAUCAAUAUUACUGCAAGGUAAGAGAUUGCUUUUGCUUACAAAAACAAACACUAUCCUAAACUGAGAAACUUUAAAAUAAAAAGUAGCUCUGUUUCAUUUUUCAAAGAAUAUCUUACAUAGAAUGGGAAAGAUGGUAAAUUUCGAGCUUGGUCAUGAAAAAAAAAAAGAAAAAUUUUAUUCAUCUAGUUACAAUGUAGGGAAAAGGAAACAUUAAGUAUCCCCUGCAAGGAUGAAAUAUCAGUCCCUUGGAUUCUGUGUUCCAAAUUCUACCACUGCGCUUUAAAGUACUAUUUGAUUGCUAGGCCUUUACUAAAACAUUUUGGAAACUUCAGUAUUAUCGUUUUCUAAGGGAGAGAGGAGACAACAAUAAAGGGAAACAUAGAAAAAGCUAAAAAUGCUAAAUAAAUAACUCUUUGCUGGAUCUAAAGCAACAAAUUUUAAAAUUCAUCUGGAGUAAUUUUCUUGCUAAUUUACCAUAUGUCUGGCUGUUGGCCUUUUCCUUUUUUUCUCCUCAAUUUAUUUUUACUUCUCUUUAACUCUUUUGAUAAAAUUUUCUUAAUUUUCACCAUAAUAUAGCAGAUAAAAGAUGCUAGUGUGGUAACCACAUAGUGGCAAAACUUGUUGGAUUUGAAUCGUUUGGGUUUUUUGGUUCUAGAGUAAAAUCUUAUAAUCUUAUCACUCAGCUCUUGCAAAAAUAUUACACAAAGAAACCACAUAACAUAUAAUGAAAACCCCUGACAGAGCUCUGCUGUGAUAGUGAGGGACUGGGUCUAUAUCAGGGAAUCACAGCUAGAGGGAGUGGCCCACUAGCAGUAUCCCAUAUUUCAAUGUCAGGAUAUAAAUAGGAAAUUAACAGGGUAGAGUUAAGCCUUACUUCUAAAUUUCCAGUCUUAGGAAAUAUAUAGAUAAACAAAAAAUCUAAAAAACAAGUUAUCUGUCAGUGUUUAACCUCUUUCCUUCCUUGUUGCAUGAUGUUACUUUUGCAUCAAUGAGUCACCAAUCUCUUUUUUAGCUGUUUUGCCCUAUUUUGUAUUUUUUUAGGUACACUUAUGGGAAACCUGUUCUCGGAAGUGCUACAUAUUCUUUGUUUAUUGAGGGUGUUGAUGGUCAAACUAUAAAGUUUGAUGCGCAAACCAUUAUAGUAAGUUGUAACACAGGAAAAAGAUUAGAUUGACACAGUGACUUCUGAUUGUCUUUGAUUGCUGAGUUUAUUGAUAGACUCAACAGACUACUUGGUUUAUUUAUUGAUUGGCUAAUUGACUCUGAUUCACUGACUGACUGACUGACUGACUGACUCAAUAACCCACUCACUCAAUCACUCACUCACCUGUUCUCUCAUUGACUCAUUGACUGACUGGCUAGUGACUGACUGACUCACUGACUGACAGACUCACUCUCUCACUUGGUCACUCACUUACCGGUACAUGCUCUCUCAUUGAUUUGUUAACUGAUCUUGACUGAUUGACUAACUGGGUGACUGAUUUACUGAUUGAUGCACCAACUGAAACUCACUCUCUUACAUGCUUAGCAAGUGGUUGAUCCCAACUUAUAGAUAAAUCAACUCACUGAAUGCAAAUCUGACUGACUGACUAACUGACUGACAGACAAACUUUCUGGCUGACUGAUUGACAGACCAUCUAACUGCCUCACUGACUGACUUACUUUCUGACUGACUGAAUGACUCACUGACCAACUGACUGACUGACUGAUCAAACUGUCCAACUGACCGACUCGCUCACUCAUUCACCAACUGCCUAGCUGACAGACUGAUUGAUUGACUGAUUGAUUGAUUGAUUGAUUGAUAGACAGACUGAUCCUAACUGUUUGACCGACCAACUGAAUGACUCAGUCCUUGAAUAAGUGACUGAUUUUUUUAAUUGACUAGUUUGUUAAGUGCUUUCAUUCUUUUCCAAUGAAAUGUGCAUUAAAGCAGAAACCUUAGAUAAAAUGGCUUUGUGGGAACAAAAUUGUUCUUAACAACAUUUGUCCAUGUCUCACCAUUCAACUCUCUCCUUUCUUGACUCAGCUUCACAGCAGUGGAGUUACUACCGUCCCACGACGGAUCCAGAUGAUUCGAGACCUUCCUGGGAAUAUCUGGUUCCCGUUGAAAGCCAGACUUCUGGUUCAGGUUGAUGUUGUUGAGGCAGUGACUGGUAACAAGGCAACUGUUGAGGAUAGAACAUGCCAAUUUACAUCAAGCCCUUACCGCAUUGCCUUUAAGAACACACCAAGAUAUUUUAAACCAGGAUUGCGGUAUGUAGUGAAGGUAAGAACUGUAAUAUAAAAGGUCUUUGAGAUGGAAACAAAACCUAUAAUUGGUUAAAAUGACCAUAUCUUGGCAAUCUUCUGGUGUUAAAUGUCUCCCCCUCCUCUAAAGAGGGUACAUGUAUUUGUUUCCAGGGGGUGAAUUUGCAUUUAAAUUUAGUCUUCAAGCCUUCAUACUUUGUCUUAACCCUUUAAUCCCUAAGAGUGAUUAGUAACUAUUUUCUCCUAUUAGUAUCACCCCUAAAACAAACAUUGAGGUUAUGAGAAUUAAAAGGAAAUGAUCACCAACUAAAGAAGCUCUGGAUUGUUAAACAAAUUCUCUUCAUUAGUACCAUAGGAAACACACACAGAACAGUAUGGAGAAUUUGUAUCCUGAUGUUAGGGUGCAAAGGGUUAAAAACUGUGUAGCCCAACAGAGGACAGGCGGAGGUCUUGUAUAAGAAAAUCAAGUAAAGUUUGUGAAAAGGAUGAUUUGUGUGCUAGUCAGGUGUUUUGUCAUAAAAAUGAAAAGCGAACGAACUGUUGUAGCCUGUAGAAAGGGUCUUUACUUCCAUACGUUAGUUUCUUCAUAUGAGAGUAGUAGAGCAUUACAUCUGACAGUUAUUGGCAGAUUUUAAUAUUAUUGCAAUUUUGUUUUAGGCUGUUGUUACCUAUCCCAACACAAAGCCAGCUAAGAAUGUUCCAAUGCUGAUUUCUGCCAAAGGGAAACAGGGAAAUAACGAAAUCGAUUUGAAGAGAGAGGAUCGAGACCCCAAUGUGGUAGACUUGACAGAUGAAAAUGGAGAGGUUGAGUUUGUGGUGGAUGCUUGUUCAAACUGUGCGGAAAUUAAUAUUAAGGUAAGAUUAAACACAGUAAUUCAACCAGAUUAUGGAAGCUCAUCUUCUAAUUCUUAGAAUACAAAAAUAAGAAAAUUGUGUAUUGUGUUCACCGAGAGCCAUUCUGAAUCAUUCCGGAUUGAGAUGGAUUUGAAUCAAAAAAAAUUUGGCUGUUAUUCAAUGAGCUACCUGAGCUAUGUUUCUAGGGUCACAUUGACGGUGUUUUUUAUGAAACAGUAUGUGGAAGAAGUAAGGAUUGAUCUUCAGUGUAUGUAAUAUCCAGUUUGGGUAAAGCUUCUAAAUAUAUUUGCGAAAGAGUGAAACACUAAGAUUUCAGUAUUGAUAUAAAUAAUAACCCACCACCCCCCAAAAAUCCUCUUUGAUUAGUCAGGAGGAGUGUUUUCUCUCUGUAUUAAAACAAUGGAGUUAAGAAAUAUGUUUUCGGUCCGGCCGAGAGUCAUUUUAGAAAAAAAAACACAACAACAAAACAAUCUGAACAAUCACGUGAGCAUGCGUAUUUUAGUGCGCCAAUGUCUCCAUUUUAGCCCGCAAAAUGCGCCGCAGUUCCUAAUCGACAAAUUGAUAACUAUGAGGUUUAUGUACGAUUUAAUGGGAAAGUGGAGCUUAUUUCAUGUCUUUUUUGAUUAGGUUAAAACGGACAAUCAGAACCUAACUCCUCAACAGAAUGCAGUCGCCAGGUUGAUUGUGAACCCAUUUGACGCAGAAAAUGGACCGCUGAUUAUGGUUCGUCAGCUGACACAUGGAAAGGUAACUUUGAUUGUCCGGUCAACGCUCAGUGAUUUAAAGUUUAAGAUUUUUUUGGCAGUAAACAGCUUUUUUACACCACUUGUCUUAAAAAUCCCCGCGUGAUAUUCGCAAUCGAAAGGAGCUCGAAGAGAAGUCUCGAAGGCAAAUGAACACAUGGCUUUCAUAAGAUUUUUAACUCGUGAUUCCCGGAUAGCAGUGCAAGGCUAUACCAGCUGAGAUAAGACUACACCACAAUUUUGUCGAUCGCUCAUUUUAGAACUGCACAUAUGUUAGCAAAUAUGUCUUUCUGCAAUUAUGUACAGAUUGUAUCAAAAGGGAUAAACAUGAUUUUAGCAGCUACCAAAAUAGCCAAAUGAGACUAUUCGACCUAGCUUGUGGUCCUGAUGAGAGCGCUUCAGUAGGUUUUUUUACAGCUUGGUCCAUGAAUAGUUUGAUAGAGAGCUUUUUGUUUGAGGUUCGUGAAAUAAAACGUGCUGUUACCGAUCAGAAAAAUACGUCAUCACAAGGGAUGAUCUAUGCGCAGUUACUUUUUUUCCGGCGAAGUCCUGCGCGCGAGUCAAAACGUCAGUGAAAGAAAGUUGAUGUUAGCGCGCCACGCGGAACACUGGACUUCGGAGGGACUGCUCUUAGUUUUACACAAGGGAACAAUAAGAGUUUAAACGAAAAUACGUAAAAACGACUCCAAACGCGGGAAAACGCGGGAAAACGCGGGUAACUAGGUCACUACCGGUUUUGACUUUUGCUCAUGAUUGAUUGAGAGGAUAGCACAGUAUUGAUGACCAUUCACAUAAGCGAUUUCAGCGAUGCAAAGCCAAUGCAGUCCUGGGUUAUUUUCUACUCCCAGAUUGCUCUAAACCAAAGAAGUCGUAAGGUGAGAAAUAUGCUCAUAUUUCACAUUCACUUUUUUUUUCGGUAGGUUGGCCGUAAAAUACAGUGUGAAAGUUAUCGAAGCCGCAACGACGCUGCAGCCAAACUUUCGUUUGCGGUAGGUUUAGUUCUUGCGUUUGCCAUGUUUUUCAGUUUACUUAUGGGAAGGUCUGGGAAUAAUGUAGAGGAUGAUAAACCACACAUUAUCCUACUACUCCUUAGAUCUACAUAGCAAUUCUCCUUUCUUUUUGCCAUGCAUUUUUAACAAUGUUAAUUCUGAGAAUUUAGUUUUGAAUAAAAAAAGAAAACUUUCCAAUAGAUAGUUUUGUACACUCUCAUUACCUUUCUGCAUAAUUUUGUAUUGAUACUGUAAGGACAUAAUAACUUCUUGGUCACUUCUGGAAGUGAAAAGGUGAUUUUUGUAGGGGAGCUGAAUCUUUCCUCUCGUUGCAAGCUCACUAAACUGAUAUUACACUUUCUUCAUUUUUCGGAUGGAUAACCGUUAUUCACCUUACAGUUCCAGUAGCAUCUGGUUUCUGCUUUUCUAAUCUGAAAAGUUCUCUUUCAGGUUGUGUCUCGAGGACGAAUUAUUUCUCACAACACAACAGACAACUUUGACGGAAUGUUUAAAAGUUGGUCGUUCCGUGUCACUUCUGAAAUGUCACCAUCAGCACGUUUGAUUGGUUAUUACAUUGACAGCAACGAACGCGUUGUAGCUGACAGCAUUUUGCUCAGAAUUGAUGACAAACUUCCAACCGAGGUAACGAGAAAAGGAUAUGGUGAAAUGCGGGCAAGAGGGGAUUUUUUCAACAUCUGUGAAAGGGUUUUUUUUAUCUGGUGAAUUGUGAGAUGACUGCUUGUAUCUCGAUUUUUCGGAUGACUUAGAACAGCGAUCUUCCCAAAAGUUUUGCAUAGAAAGAGAAAUGAAUAUUUGAUACAUUGUAAUUCGUUACUUAUCUUUCUUACCUCCGUGAGCUGCCAACCACCAUACUCAUUUCUGUGAAAAUUGCCACUUUUUAACAAGCCGUUUUAACAGAGACCCCCGUUUUCCCAUAUCAUCUCCUUAUACCUACACUGUCUAUACUCCUAAUACUUAUACAAUACUUAUCGCAUUUUGUCAACAUUAGGUCGAAUUUCCAGAUUCGUGGCAACAGCAGGCCGAUGGGUCCUUCGUGCAGCUCAACGAAGUGAAAAAAGACCCUGGAAGACAUUACCAACUGGAAGUCAGGGCCCCACAAGGGACACGUCUGGGUCUUCUGAGUGUGGACCAAAGUGUGUACCUGUUGAGAAACGAGAACAGACUUACUAAGGACAGGGUGAGUGGUGUCGCUUUACAAUGCUACAAUUCGUCUGUGUUUUUAUUUCAUUGGUUUUGUUUUUCAUUAAGAUGGCUGAUUCAGCCCUCCUACGAAGAGAGAGAGGAUUAUUUUGCCCUUCGAGGGUACUCAUGCAUGGGGCGUGAGCUUUCGGCUUUCAAACACAAAAUACAAAAGCGCGACGCACAAAGUGUAACAAUAGUUAAGCACAAACAGUGUUAUUUCACAUCUGUAAAAUAUAAAUCAAUAUAUUGAUCUUAAAAAUGAUUAUGUGGUUUUUCAAAUGAGUGCUUCAAUCUAGUUUAUUACGCUUGAUGGAAAAUUGAAUCUCUGAUAACCUCAUUCUCAAAUUAAUCAGUCGCCAUAGCAAUGGUAUAUAAUGCCAUCAAUACAGUUAGUUGUUUGUCGUAAGAGCCGGUGAUUUAUAUACGAGCCCGGUGACCCUUAUGACGGAGUAUGAUUUAUCCACCUUGAGAUGGACCUGCAACCCAUCCAGGGGGGUGUACUGAUACUCCCAGUCGCUUGAUGCCACGGAAACUGGGACAAGCUCCGCCUGGGCGGGCCACUUGGCUCGGGUGUACACUUCUCUGAAUUCUCUACGUAACAAUCACGGUUCGUAAAGUCCUAGUGAUUGGAUUUGGAGCCGCCUUGAAUGUAGCAAACAUUAUAUUGUAAGUGAAUCUUUGGUGUUUUCUUUCCCAGAUUUUUAAGACCAUAGAGGGACUUGAUCUUGGUUGUGGUGUAGGAGGAGGACGGAACAACAAAGACAUUUUUAAGGUUAGUAGUAAUACAGGCUCGACUAAAAGUGAACAAAAGAUUUCUUUAAUUUACAAGGUAUUGUCACAAGCGCAUAGGAAAUCUUCAUCAUAUGCUAAUCCAUUUCUUAAGGGACGCGACACUUGAAAGUUGUUUUAACGCUUUUGAAGAGUUGAUUGGCAUACUAGAUUUGAAAACUGAAACAAUAGGGGAAGUUUGAAAAUAUUUCACUCGUUUGAUGGAGUUGGUGACGUGAAAACUGAUUCAUUCACAAGUUAAGGGCAUGACCACUCUUUGAAAUUUUUCUCAGAUCACCUCUGGGUAUGUUUCUAAAAUGAACUUGCAUGCUUUGAUAGAAAAAAGUAUAGCCAUUUAGUUUCUCCUGUUUAGAUUCUCUGGAACUUAAAGGUUGCGAUAAUUUUGUUAUUAUUUUUUCUUGUUUUCUUAGAAUGCUGGUGUUGUCCUGAUGACUGAGAACUUUGUGAGUGACGGGAGAGAAGGUAAAUUAUUCACCGUAGGAAAUUAUUCACUGUAGGAAAUGAUCAUCAAUUUAAGAAGAUCGUGAUUGUCACACAUAUUCUCCUUGUCAUUAGUAUAGGAAAUGUGAAGGGAACAGUGUGGAGAAUAUCAAUACUAAUAUUAUUUGACUUGAUUUGAUUAACCUCUACUAAUACUUACUGGCUGAAGGGGGCAAGUUUCCAAAAGAAACUGUGUUGCUUCGUCGUUGGGGGUAUGAUAAGAUGAUUUGGUUUUAACAGCUGAGUUGGUAACGUGAAUUGACCAUCGUUUCUAAUAGUUUCUAAAGCUGAAGUUUCGAACGCUAGACCUUCGUCAGAGCGGAAAGAUGAAUUGUGGGUUGUGCGUGGUUUAUUUACUGUCUAUACAAAAAGAUGGAGCUACGCUGUUGGUAGGAACAUAGUAACAUGAAAAACAUAAUCAUAAAUUAGGUGAAUGGAAAGUGCUCGUUGAUACCAAGAGGAUUAAGAGUUCCGCCGGAUUUGAAAGAUAAAUUCAGGCCCUUCAAACUCUGAAACCAUUUCACUAACCUGAAGAAUUCCCUCCCCUCAAAGUUAGUUCAAGGUCGAAGAUCUUUACAUUCUUUAAAUCAUUUUUAUAUGGCAGAUUACGGCUGCGAGCACAAUAAUGCUCGGAAAAAGAGGAGUUCAAGCAAAGAAGGUGAACAAGUUUUUUUCGUAAAACAAUGUUCUUCCAUCCAGUUUUAUUUUCGAUCAGAAUUUCCGUAACACAACAGUUGAUGUGUAUUUUUAUUUAUCUCUUUUUCUUUUCCCAUUUAAACCUCAAAUUCGUCAGUGAAUGUUUUUCACUCAACAGAUUGCAAAGCAUACUGUAAAAUGGGUGAAAAACCAGACGAAGAAGGGAGAAGCUGUGCAAGGCGCUACAUAGACGACACUACAUUUGCUUCGCCCUCUUGUAGGACAGCGUUCUGGCGAUGCUGUAAAAAAGCUUUUGGUGCAGAAGGUAUGGGUUAAGUGUAUAGGCUCGUCAUUGCCCAAGUUUUCACUUCUCUUUCGCUUCAAACGACAAGGAUUUGUUUACUCACAUGGUGAGUACCUCAUCGCAGGGUUCCCCACCGCCUUUCCCCAGGAUUUUGUCAGGUUUUUCUAGUACCAAUUUAUAUUAUUGACUUCUCUUUAACAAUUGUUUGAUAUGAUUUUCAUCUAUUCAGAGGAGAGACAUUCUCAUAAGAACUAUUAUUAAGAAACCAAUGAAAAGUUUGAUAACUUCAUCCUUAUUGGCUGUCGGUGUAAAGUUCCUAUACGUUUAUUUUUCCAAUAAGAUCAUACUUUUGCAAAUGUGGAGAGGACAAGUUGGAUGCCCUCUAAAAUGCUAUUUCUCUUUCAGAUUCUGCACUUCUGGCAAGAAAUCUGGACCUCGGUGAUGACUUUGGUCCAAGUGAAGAAGAAAUCCUCUCUCAAACACAAGUCAGAUCUUUUUUCCCGGAAACCUGGAUCUACGACGAGAAAGUUGUUGGGUAAGGCAUGUCUAUUCUUAAAGAACUGCUUCCGAGAUAUUUUAUUAUAAGAUCGUACACAUAAUUGUAAGCGACCGGAUCAGGGUGGUACCGAAAAGGACUGUUGUCAGUGAGAUUGGCUGACUUUCAAACCUUAGCAGAAUUUCAUUACCAGAGUGAUGUGGAGAGUAGUUUUCCAACACAAUUUCUUAGACGACAUCGAAAACUUGCCACCUAUUAUCUGAGAAACUGUUUCUAACGCAGAAGAAACUUUUGAACCAGGGAGGGAGCGAAAAGUAGGUCUCAGUGGCUUCAAUGAGGUUAGAAACAUGUUUCUGAACUACAUUGGGAUUAUUUUUGCAUGAAUUCGAGGGCAAAAAGGCCUCAUCAAAUUUAAUGAAACCUUAAAGACCAACGCUUCCAAGGCAGGAAUGAAACAAAAGGAUCAAAGAUUGUUUAAGAUGAAGAAGUUUAACCCGAAUUGCCAAUGACGAACAUGUAGAGAUUAAGGGUUAGUUUUUCAAAAUCUUCAACUGUGAUGUUACUCCUUUGAUAUGAAUUAUUGUAAUGCAAGGCAAUAGAACGUAAAUUAAUCUAAUACAACCUUCUAAAUCAUGUCAUGCCAUAUCAUCUCAUGUCACGUCAUGUUAUGUUAUGUUAUGUCAUGUCAUGUCAUGUCACGUCACGCCACGUCGUGCGACGUCACUUUACGCUAUGUCACGCCACGCCAAGACAUGUCAUGACAUGUUAUUUCGUGUCACGCCACGUUUUGCUAUGUCUUGUCACGUUACGUCAUGUUAUGCAAUGUUUUAUAGCCCGGAUGGAUUGGUUCAGAUGGGUGUCACCAUACCCGACACCAUUACCACGUGGGUCAUGCAGGCCGUGGCAAUCAACAAUAGAACCGGACUGGGUCUAGCCACGCCUCUCAGGAUUCUGGCAUGGCGUCCAAUAUUUCUCUCUCUGAAGUUCCCAUAUUCAGUCAAAAGAGGAGAGCAAAUAUCCAUCCUGGCAACAGUGUUCAACUACCAUGAGCAAGAGCUGAGGGUGAGUUGGAAAUUAAGAGUUGUAUUUUGACGCUUUUGUUGUAGAAUGAAAAUCAAGUCAUCAGUUCAUUCAAAGAAAACGAAUGAUGUGAGUGAAUGAUGUUAAAAUAGUUCGUGUCAUCCUUUAAGUCCCUUUAUUGCAAUCUGUCCCAUUUUUUUAAAGAAAUUUCCUUUAGUGUGGGGAAAGGAAUAACAAAAAAUUAAUUUUACAUGGCAGGCGUCCGAAAUUCGAACAUACGAUUUUUUAAGCGCCAAGAGAUAGGAAAGGCUCGAUAAGAGUUGAAAUUUAAAGGCUCAUUCACACAGGCGAGUUUUCCGUCAAUUAACCCUUCGCAAUGUAAGUACAAGUUCUCCAUAUUGUCUUCUUCAGGCAAAAAUUUACCUCCAGGGUGACAAAGAUUUUUGCUCGAUUGCUGCUGAUGGCAAAAAAGCUCAGAUUGGUAUCGUUGAUAUUCCGCCCGGCAAUGCUCGCUCGGUUGCUGUGCCAAUUGUUCCUAAAAGAAUUGGAGAAAUCUCAAUUGAGGUCUCAGUCAUACUAGCAGGUGAUGUUGGUGGAGCAAUGAUGAACCAAGCUGGAGAUUCUGUGAGAAGAAAACUUUACGUUGUGGUAGGCAUUUCCUUUCAUUUUUUCUAUUUAUAAUAUCAUAAUCAUAUUUUCACAAGAAUAUUGGGGUGGAACUUUUAAGAACAUGAUAAGAAUGUUCCUUACCUAUGGCUGAGAAUUUGGUACGGAACAUUUUUAUAAUUGAAAAUAAAAUUCGUUGUAAUCUCAUGAUAUAUAUGAUAUAUCUUAAAACUAACAUCAUUUUACCGUGGACAGUGAAGUCUCUAGUGGAUCGCCUCUUUUAAUUAAUGUGCGUGUAGGGCAGUUAGGUCAUAAUCCAUAAAUUUUUUUCCGUUCUUAAGCUCACGGCGCAGCGUCCGAUAUUCUGGGUGUGGUUUGAAACGGCGGAAGCCACGGAUGAUAUCUCUACCUAGUUUGUUGAUUCUGUCCUGCAUAAGCCCCUAGCCAUGAAAUCCUGAGGUAAAUGAUAGUUACAGUCACCAAGAUGAACAACCAUAACUUUGUCAGGAUAUAAGAAGAGUUUAUGAGCCCAUACAACGGACAGAAUGUAGGAGAGUUAGGGAUGGCGAAAGGGGGAUCACCGUUAUUUUCCACUUUUCUUUGCUGUUACUUUCAAGACUUUUUAAACCAUUUCCUAUGACAUUUCAUUUUAGCCGGAAGGAAAGGAAACUCGAAAAACACAGUCUUUCGUAUUGGAUCCAAAUGGUAAGCUUUCUCGAGUAAUACAAACUAUUUAAAUAAAAAUAUUAAGAGAAACUCUUGAAGACGUAUAUUGUUAUGUUAAGGUAAGUGUAAUUCUUUUUUCCUCCAAGGAGAGGCCUCGUAGUGGCAGCGCUGGCUGGCGAUUCCUCGACCUGUUGUCUCAAGGGACUUCAGUUUUUUGUAGCCUGUUGCUCUUACUCUAAGGGUUUCUUUUUUCUGAGAGAUUCGUUAGUUUUCUUCCCUCUGCAUCAAAGAACACUGCUAAUUUUAAUUUGGCGUAAAAUCCGUGAACGGAGAACCACUCUAUGGAUGUACAACUUUUUAGUUCUAUGCAGUUAUUUGUUGAGUCAUUUUGCUUUUCUUCUGGCGAGUAAUUUUAGUUUUUUCAUUGUGUGUGGAGGGAUGAAAACAGAUUAACCAUACUGUUUUAACUUCAUUUAUCUUUUAAUUCAUGUAGGAAACCUAAACGAUGGUCCUAAAAAUGGAGAUCAAAAGCAAAACAAACCAACUGCCGCACCCUUCCAGAGACAAUGUAUGUAUAAUGGUAUUUUAAAUUUGCAAAAGUGAAAAGCUGCAAUUCUGAGAUGAACAAUUAGAAUGUGUCGGCUGAAGCUUUUAAUUUUUUUCCGAAAGCCGACGAUUUUGUAGGGAUGACAAUGAAAGAAAUUCGACAGACACUUAGGUUAUGAAAAUAAAGUGAGUGAAAUCUUAAGAUAUGGCUUUUAAUCUAACAGACGUGAGCAACAAGGUAGGAGUGUGGCUUGAACAACAAGACUGAUUUGAAACGAUGAUGGUUUCGAAUGAGAUAGCGGUUGCCCUGUCUUAUCAAUGAUUGUUUAUUUUCAUUGGGCGUGUAAAUCGAUUUGCUAUUAUAAAUCGAUUUUCGUGGAACCAAAACUAGCAGUAAGAACGAUUUCCAUCAUUGCAUGAUUUCAGAUUCCAACACAUGCGAGUUACUAUAAAUUAUUAUAAUCUCAUAAAUUAUACUGUUCCUCAGCGCGAGUGGAUGGCAACGGUCAGCAUGACAUUAUCAAGUUGGAGUUUCCAGAGAAAGCCAUUCCUGGUUCAGUUGGUGCAGUAGUUUAUGUGACAGGUACGUAAGCGAUUUUUUCGAGAAUGUGUAGACGCAGUAAUUAAACGUAGAGGGCCUAGGGAAGUUAGAAAUUUUCUUCGCUCUCAAGCUCCCUCUGCACAAUCCUUCGGCCUUGUCUUUGUUUGAAGGAAAAUAUGGAGACAUUUUGAUCCAAAACGUGUGAAAACUUGGAGCUUUCUAACCGAGAGUGACUCUCUUUUUCGUUUUAGGGAACCUUCUUGGUCCAGUCGUCAACACUACCAUUGAGGGUGGUCUGGAGAGAUUUAUCAGACAACCUACUGGUUGUGGGGAGCAAAAUAUGAUAGGGCUUGCACCGAACGUCUACGUUUUAAAAUAUCUGAUGAGCACCAAUCAGCUGAGUGGAGCAAACGAAGCAAAUGCGUUUCGAUUCAUUCAAUCAGGUAAACUUUGUUGGGCGGAAAUCUUUGGAUGAGAGCUCGUGAGUUUCCUGUUUAAAGCACGGGGUUUUACAAAAUUUGCUUUAAUAGCCGGUUACAGAAGGUAAUUCGUCUUUCGAAAUAUGUGACGGGAUGGCUGUGCUAUCCCGUUUCAGUUGUCGUUGUUUUUCAUAUUUUCGAAAGGAAACUGCGCACUCGUGUGAAGUCCUUGCCUGGCUGAGAAGUCUCGUAGGAACUUUGAUUAUUAUGUAAAUUUACUGAACCCUUCUGAUUAUGUUUUAACAUGACUGUCGACAUUGAAGACUUUCUUAAUAUUUAAAGUUAUUUUGGGGCAAUGCCCCUUUAUCUCCCCUUGACGCGAUCUUUCUCUGAACCCGAUGUCUGCCUUAGUGUGAAUUAAACUACCUUACCUCUUUUUUUUAACAAGAAGUAAAGGAAGCUGCUAGGGUAAAAAUGAUUUAUUGAAGAACAGGUAAUUUCAUAAUUUGUUACUUUUGAUCCUAAUGCAGCAGCGCACUUAUUUUGCAGGCUAUGAAAGAGAAUUGAACUAUCGUCGAGGUGAUAUGUCGUUCAGCGCAUUUGGAAACAGCCGACCUGGAAGUACAUGGUUUGUAGAAAUAUGAAUUGAUUUACGCAGUUACUUUAAUAAAGUAUGAGAGGUAUAUUUGCCAACCAAAUAGAUCUGACUUGCUCUACCUGUCUCCGGGAGGUGUUGGUCCUGCGAUGUUUUCCCAGAAUUCCUGUUAUCACGUCCUCCCUCCCUCCCUCCCUUCACCCUCACCCCCCUCCUGGUGAGUAGACGUAGGCUUUUCCGUGACGAAAUUAUGUUAGUAUCAUAUCUUUGGAUACAGCUCUCGAAUGAAAUACUUCUAAGCUAGCCCACUUUCAAAUCAUUUUUUUUUUAGCCAGGAACCAUAUCCUUUCUUUAUUCUUUUGAAUUCACAUUUCCUGGCUCUCUUUUACUCUUUUUGUUGCUAAAUUUAACUUUUUCGGGCAGUAUAGCUGGCUGACUUCUUGUGCCUACUAACUUCAUUUCAUCAUUUCACGUCCAGGCUGACCGCUUUUGUAAUGAGAGUAUUCUGCGAGGCUCAGCAGUUUGCAGGAGUAAACAUUGAUGAAGGAAUGGUUUGUCGGUCUGUUGAAUGGCUGAUGAAUAACCAACGAGGAGAUGGGGCUUUGCCCGAAGUCAACGCAGUCAUUCACAGAGAGAUGGUCGUAAGUGGUUUCUUUCCACUCCAUAACCCUCUAUUUAGGGAGUGUCACGCAACCCUUUGGGUCUAAGUAACGUAUCAUGCCUCCACUCUAUGCUUCAAUAUUAUCGGCUAUUGAUAAUGAAGAAUUACCUAUUGAGGGAACCAUUUCUGAUCAGUUUUAAAAAGUAGAGUAUUAUAAAAGAGUGCCUGUCUGGAACAUGUUGAAUGUUUGUUUGCGAACUUAGAAGAGACUUAGAAUGGUUUUUGAGAACGUUCCAAGAAAAAUAAUAAUAGUAAACUCAACCCCCCACCCUAAGGAUGUCAUCGACGAGAUCAGGAAAUGUUACGCCUCAUUAUUGAUUUUUCGUCAAAGGUCCAAUAAUCGUCGAAUUAUUUUUGAUCACUCAAAACACAACGACGUUGCUUUAUUCUAGGGAGGUGUUUACACGGAAGGAGAUGUUGCCAUGACAGCUUUUGUUUUAACUGCCCUCGCGGAAUGCAAAUGCUCAGGAGCGGUAAGUGUUCAACUAUUUAUUGUUUGAAUUCCUUCUCAGCCUUUACAACGUUUUCUUUACAUUUGUGGUAAAAGAAUUUACUUAAAGGAUGUGUACCGGUCUAGAUAUUUAACGAGAACAAACACAGAAAUACGUAUACGCCCAGUUGCGAUGCAGAAAAAACAAACUCCUCCAAAAACAGAGUUCAUUGUUCAAUUAUUCUUGCUUCUUUUCCUUUUCCUUUCUAUUCGUCGGAUGUGUUUGACAAUGCGCUCAUUAUCAAAAUAUUUUCAACUGCUAUGGGCAAGCUUUCUUCAUUCACGCGAGUUGUUUGCAAUUAUCACAGGGGUCAAUAAUACCACCACAUUAGAAAACACUUCCAUGGGUGUGUUUACAUUUCAUUUUUGAACAACCAACAGUGCACGUUCCAUUUAACAGCUUGCUGAACUCUAGUGCCUUUCCUGUUCUUCUGCGACUCCACACUAGCUUUGUUUCAACGUCUAGCGCACCUCCUACUUCAAGCACUACUAUAUAGCUGACAGAGUGUUCCCGUAUUAGGUUAUUGUAUUCUAAACAACUUAAUAUCGCAUUGAACUAAAUACUUCUAAUUGUCCUUCUCUUAGGCCUCAAAAGCCUCUAUACUUCGCGCGACAGAUUACUUGGAGAAGCAGUACAAAAACCUGAACAGACCUUACAGUAUGUCUCUCACAGCAUAUGCUUUGGCAUUGGUAAAUAGCAAAGAAAAAAUCAACGCCAACGACCGCCUAGUACAAAGGGCUAUAUAUGACAAUGGUAAGACAGUGGUUUACGAAGAAAUUCUGCUGAUUUCUGGUUUGUCAUUCACGUUAAUGGCAUGAAAUAAAUAAGGGAGAAAGUAACAAUAAUUUAGUUCACAAAAUCAAUUUAUACAGAAAUAACUUUAUAUGACGCAUUAAAGCAUAAUUGUUUUCCAGUUUGACGCGAAUUUUCGUGUCGUCUAUAUACUCGUCAGAGAUCUCACUCAAUUUUCACUGGACAAACUUGUUGAGCAUCAGGCACAAAAUCCCGCUUGCAACCAAGUUUGAGGCCUGAAGUAAGCAUGUUCGAAGUGAGGUGUUCAUUUUCGAGCACUUUGAAUUCUUAAUUUCUUAAUAAUUCCUCUUAGCUAAAAAGUCACGUUACUGGAGCACUGGUGGCAAUGCGUUGGAUGUGGAGACCGCUGGUUACGCGCUGAUGACUCAAGUUCUCCUCGGACGCACAGGUUAUGCAGGUCCUAUUGUGACGUAUAUGACCAGUCAAAGGCAGGGCGGUGUUGGAUUCGUGUCUACUCAGGUCUGUUUAACGAAGUAGUUAAAGUAUCGCAGCUCGCCUCAGUAAUCUCAAAUUUUUUUGUCUUUUCUGUGUACGUAAACGUCAAACUGCUGGUCCGGGUAAUUGUGAAGAAUAACCGACAAUCGACCGACAGUCAGUUGUUUGUCGGUUAUAUGUCGGUGGCGUGCCGGUUAUCUGUCGGCUGACAGGUGACGCAUAGUUGGAAGAGAGGAACUUUUUUUUGCAAUUACCGCUGAUCCGAGCACUUGCAAAUAAAGCUAAUGCGUGGCCUCACCUGCCAACCAACCUCUCUCCCAGGAUUUGUCUUUUUCCCUCCCCUUUUUUGCUUCAGGGGUUGUAAGAAUAGAAACACUGGAAACAAGGCAGCCCGCCAACGAGCUCUCUACAGUGUUGUUGGAUGGUAUUCGAAUGAUAGCGAGGGGCGAAAGCGACCAGCUCUCACUGGACAUCCACUCUUAUGAAUCGGGCGCACACGAUCUUAAGACGGAGAAUUAAGAAUUUUCAUGGCUCCUCCUAUUUUCUCGAAAACACUGAAUGUACUAAAACCUUUUAGGGACCUACUGUAGGAUUAUUCCAAAUAUUUCAGUUUAUUAAGUUACUUACGAGCCUUUUUUGUUAUAAACAACAAGGGGGUUCUAAUAUUAUUCACAGCGAACUUAAGUGGAAAAUAAGUGAAGAUUUUAUUUCAGAUCACUUUUAUAUCAAGCUAAAAGGUUUAUUAUCGAUUUUUGUCUAUUGAGCUUUUUUUUCGCAGCUUUUCUCGACAAUGUAUCAAUCAGAAUUGUUUUUCUUUAGGAUACAGUGGUAGCUCUUCAAGCUUUAGCUAUGUACAGUGAAGAGACCGCCGGUAACAACUUGGAUCUGAGAGUGAAAUUGUCAUCAGUAAUGAAUGGAGACUGGAAACCACCGCCGGUACACAUCACGCCAGAUAACGCACUGCUGCGGAGACAAUUCGAUGUAAGGAUUGCGAAUAAGAUACUUUACUUAUAGUGAAAUUUCAAUGGAGGGUUUGAGUAAGCGAGAAUUGCACUGUUUUGCGAUGUGUCGCUUCGUGAUUUGUGUAGUAGAAAGCUCGUUUCGCCUUUUCAAACGAUGUGGUGUGCAACCGAAAUCAAUCGUGGCCUUGCCAUUCGUGUUUUUUUUUUCCCAACAAGGCAAAAUUAAAUAACGCAAAUUCAAAGCGAUCCCGGAACAUUUCGGCACAAAAUUGGAAAUUGCUUUAUUUGGUGAAAAUUGGAAUCAAAACGCAUAUCGUGUCAAGGGUCAGUCAUUUUAUGCGCAAAGUUAAACCGGAGAGUGAAGUUCAUCUAUGUGUUUCAUUGCAGAUCAAGAAUCUCCUUGGGGGAGAUCUCUUUGUCGACACUCAAGGAACCGGUGUAGGAAUGGUGGAGGUAAGGUUAACAAUUUAUUCAGUGCCAUAGUUUGCGGACUACACCAGACACAAAAUGCGGAAAAACUAAGAAUACAAGUUAUAAUACAUCGGGACAUGGAGUGAAAAUAAUGAGCUCGACUCUUAGGAGUUUUUAUGCGCCGAUCAAGACCAAUUUGAUGGCCGUGCGCGAAAAUUGCUUUUGAUUGAUGAAUUUGACGAAAUUCUAGCCCCCCCUUUUUUUUUUGCAAUCUUCUCAUUGAUUUGGUACUUCACCUAUGUUCUCGCCUUUCGCUCAGCGUCUUUAUACUGCAAUGAGUUAGAUAAAAUGUACACUGUAUGAGUAGAAAUCCCGUAGGAAACACGAGUUUUUUUCGUAGGUUUAAUUUAUUGAUAUAGAUAGAUAUAUAUGGUGUGUCAUUGUUAUGAAUGCACUUUCACCAUGAAGUAUAAUCGUUUGUCUUGCGAUUUGGUCACUUUCGUUGUGAGUUGUUGUCAGCAAUUAAAAUGAGAGAUGCGAGAUGUUGUCAGCUAUCAAAAAGUUUAAACAAUCUACAAUUUCUCUCAUCUGAACCACCUUACGCGGUGGAAAAAAAUCAACUUGAAAUGCUUUGCUUGCCGCUUGAAAAGGAGACAUUUUCAUUUCCCUGUACCCUUUUCGCAUUAUUGAAAGAGUAAAAAAAUUGUCUUUAAAAUUUGCGUUUAAAUUUCAGGUUGAAGUUCGUUACAACGUUCCGUCGACUCGCGGCGAGAGUUGUAAGUUUGACCUAAACAUCACAGUGAAAGAAAUCAAAGAACCUAAAGUGGGCAAUUUGUUUGGUCCUGUGGAAGAUGAAGCUGCUGAUGAUAAUGAGAAAGGAAAAAAGAACGACAAGGGAGGAAUAAAUCGGUGCAGGAAAUUAAGAGGCAAGAAAGCGAAAAGAAAAUGCAGAAAAGAGGAGAAAGAAAAGCAAAAGAAGAGGAAUAAGAACAGGAAUAAUAAAAACAAAAGGCCUCCGCCUAAACAUCAGCCCGUCAAGAGCAUUCACUUAAAAGUUUGCACUAGGUAAGUUUUUAUUCCUCAUUCCUCAAUCCCUAGGCAUUUCGUCAGCUUUCCCUGUCGGUUCACCCGUACCCAUUUAUACUCCCGGGUGGAGAGUGGCACUGGAUGAGGGUGAAGUGUCUUGCCGACACAUCUCUACACAAUGACCCGGCUAUUUCUCGACCUCAAUGAAAUUCCUGUAGGUCUGAAAUGUUUCUCAUUCCAUUUCCAGGUACAAAGAGAAAGGUAAUAUCGGAAUGUCUAUAAUGGAUAUUGGAAUUUUGACAGGAUUUAAACCCGAUCAGAUCUCACUGAAUAAGGUAGGUUGAUGUCGACCUCGCUAUCUACACAAUCGGUAAGAAAAUUAAAGUGCACUCAAUUUGAUUGUAAUUGCCUUCUAUCCUUCUCUUCGUUUAUGUUUCGUAUACAUUUGAUAUUUUUGCUAUUAAUCCUCAAAUAGGUUUUAUUUAGUUGUCGCGGUUGUGACCGCCCUUCUCGUUUUUUGAUUCAGUGUCUUCAUUGCACUUUGGUUGUUGUUGUACAUGAGAUUGUUUCAAACUAUGGUUCGCGAAACUGUCAUCGUCGUGACAGCGACAUCAAUAAACCUGGAAAAUCGCUGGAAAAAAGCGCAUAAGGAAACGAUUAAAAUUUUCAUAAAACCAAAGUUGGAGGAAAAAGUGUGUCAUUUUGAAUUAUAAUUUUGAAAGCUUUCUUUCCUUUUAACAGUUGCAGGAUAUAGCUGAAGUGGAUAAGCUUGAGGUCUCACACACCUCACUGGUUGUUUACCUCAGUGAGGUAAGAUAUGUAGAUCAGUGAAUAUGAAUCUCUACAAGCCUAGGUUUCCCUUUCAUACAAGGAGGCACAGGGGGGAAGGAUUAAAGGCAGCAUUCAUUUGUCGCAGUCGUCCCCCGCGUCUUCACCUAUAUCUCGGGCAAAAUUCUUUAAAUUCAGGCGAGAAGCCAGUAGAGUACAGGAAGUACGCCGAAAAUUUUGAAUAUGUAAAAGACGCAGUAAAUGGCGGUCUAGUUUGAGCUAAAUCAUCCAAGCUAGGGUCUACUUGUGAUACAUCUAGAGUACACCCUUGGCUUUGGUAGGCUCUCUUUUAAGUAUAAGUACAGUCAAGCUGAUUCUUCGGAGUCAACUGUAUAGUCUUGAUCGCGUGAUUGAAGUUCAAUACUGAUUGUUUUGUAUUCGCUCACUUCUCAAGCCAUUGAAUUCAAUGCAAAUUCUGUCGUUCUCUAAACGGAAAUCUUUUGCUAAACUAGAGUAGUUAAAGGAAGUGUUCUCGUUUUAUCAUCCUUUUCCCUAUCCGUCUUUCCACUUGAGACACUUUUCUGGGUCCGUGACCAUUGGCGCAGACCACAUUAACAUGGCCAUGUUACCAUGUGGUCUCCGCAGUUGCUGUUCACUAGAAAUCGUGUGUCUUCUUUCUGUUAGUUGUUUUGAAAUAUUAGUAGGAAGUGAUCCUUGUUAUACUAGUGGCCUUAUGAUCAUUUUUCAUCGCAGAUUCGCAGUGACCGUCCUCUGUGUGUAGAUGUUCGGUUUGAUAGAGAAUAUUAUGUGGGAGUCGUGCAAGCGGUACCGGUGAAUGUAUACGACUACUACGAACCAGGUCAGAGUUUAUUUAAAACUUAAAUGGAAUUGAUAUAAAGGUUAUGUGUAAUGCAUUGUUGAAUGUCAGGUUCAAGAGAAAAAUAUUUCAUCGGAACUGGCCCCGGUUGUUCGAAUGGUGGUGAACGCUCUCUGCUGGAUUAAUCUCUAUCCAGUGGAUAGCACAGUUCGUUUUGUGAACCCAUAUCCGCUGGAUAGCGAUUUAUUCGUUGGAUAGCUUUAUCUACCUUUUUAACAACUGGGCUUUGAUGUUUUGGUCUGGUUCGUUCCGGUUCUAUUGUCAUUGUCAAGAGGGUAAAUACUCGGAGAAAUUAGUCAUGUUAAAGUUACUCGGAAUUCUUAAGGAAUUAAGUAAAUAUUUGUAUACUUAUUUGUUUGUUUGUUUGUUUGUUUGUUUGUUUGUUUUCAUGAGUACAGAUCAAUCCUGCAGCAAAUUUUAUGGACCUGACAAGCACAGCCCGUUGAAGUUGGGAGUUUGUGAAGUUGGCUCAAGAUCGUGCAAAUGCACCCAAGGUGAGGGUUAUUAGACAGAAUAGACACCACUGUUUGAACGAUUUUGUCAACAUGUACGUCUGAUGACAUUAAAAAUGGCUUAAACAACUUAGUAACUCAGCAUCAAAUUAAGCAAUCAUUCGAGGAGGGCGUUCAACUUAUUCAUUGCUGUAAUUUUAUUUCCCUAUUCCAGAUGAAUGUGCUCAAAGAGAUCCUCCUAUUGGUGAUGUGGACAAGCUGAUUAAUUUAGCUUGUGACAAUUACAAUUACGGUAAGAUCGCCACUCCUUUUUAAUUCGAAGCGUAGUACCUGCUAUUAUGAUUAAGUAUAAAUCUAUUACCGUUCUAUCCCAAAUGCUGCAAUCUGAUUGGCUACUCACUAUCUAUUCCGUGAUAUAUAGUGAGUAGAGUGAGUAGCCUAGCAUUGUGUGGUUGUAAAGUAAACGAGAUAAAAACACGAGCCUGUCCUGUUGUAAACAUUUGCAAGGUAACUAGAUUUAAUCUAACCAAUAGAUUAUUCGCUCCCGAUUUCUAUGCGUGAAAAUUGAUUCGGGCUUCGCCCUCAACAACAAUUACUAGAUAAAAAUCUCAAGCUCACAAUCUAGUUGUUAGAAAACACUCAGUUCUCAAUUCAGAGGUUUGGAUCGGUGUAAAAAAAUAUGGGACACUUCAUCAUGUGUUAUAUAGUGUUGUGCUCUGAAAUGACUGAUUGAUAUUCUAUCUGAGCAUUGUAUGGUGGCUUGGGGUGUGAAACUCAAAAUUUUACAGGAUCUGCCUUCACUAGGGACUGUAUUGAUGAAUAGUGACAAGCUUUAGAAAAAGUCAGAGAAACCUUGCGAGGUAGGGGUCGGUCGGGGGCAACCGGCAACUUUUAUGAGCACCUUAGUCGCUUUAUGAUACAAAAGUCGGGAUGAGCCUACGAAAGCGGAUAAUGAAAACGAAUUAAAGAGUUCAAAACGCUAGGCAAGGAAGUUGAUUCCCCUUUGCUUGUAUAACGUAUUCAAUAAUUUACUUACAGUUAUAAAAGGAAAGGUUCUGCUGAUCGAUGAAGACGGUAGUAUGCUAAACUACGUUGUCGAGGUUUUGCAAGUUAUUCAACAAGGCCACAAGAACUUAAAGGUUAGACAGAGGAUCGAACUCAAGAAACGUGGAUCGUGCCAGAGUCCCGAUAUGAAGGAAAAUACAGAGUACUUGAUCAUGGGGUUGGAUAAAGGGGGCAGGUACCAGCUGGACAAGACUGCGUUUGUUAAACUGUGGCCAGAGAAACGUGGUCUCAACAAGGAUAUUUUGGAGGAUUUUGCUCAGAGAUAUGUCUGCCCUUAGUCUUUUGAACGAUUAUUGCCCAUUUCAUUAGUUUCGUCUACAUUUUGCUAACUUGCUAAAUGAAGACAUUUUAUCAUUUCCAAAUUGCUGUAAGCAGCCUAAAAGAAGAAGAUUACUUGCUCCAGUUGCCUUAUGUUUUUUGUAGACUAGAUACGUUUCUUGCUGUGUUAGCAAGUGAGUUAUUUUUAAGCAUUAAAAAAACCUUCAAAGGCAUGCGUAGUUUUUAUUUCGUUAUGAAGACUAACAGAUAAUUUGGUAUAAUUCAUGUUAAUUUAAAUACAUCCUGAAGGAAUUCAAAUCGAAGAAAACUACAAUGAGUUUCAAAAUUGUUUGCUAAGAAGAAGUCUAGAAAAAUCAAACAAACAAACGAACUAAAAAGAAAGAAAAAGUAAUCAACUUGGACAAUAUCUAGUUAUUUGACUUCUUCAUGGUUGAUCAAUAACACAUAAAUUAAUUAAAGAAAGUGUCAGUUUAUUCAUGUUUAAUAAACUAAAUGCAUUAAUUCUUACCAUCGUGCAUUUUGUCUUAUCAGAGGCCAUAGACACAAAAAGGGGCCCAAGGGUUUUUUUUUUUUUUCGGUCAUCUUGCCUAGAGCUAAGAGCAAACGAUUCAUCCAGUUUGUUCGUUGGAUUUCGACCAAUAACUUCAGAGCACUAUAUUUUUUCUUAGUUACUGAGAGCGUCGUUUUCUUCACUUGAUAAUUUCAAUCUCUAACAUACAGGCAUUUUCUUGGGGGUAAUUUUCUUUGUCAGGGUAAUUCAGUGUACGGGUUAAGUCCCUCAUUUAUUCAUUUUCCUCCUUCCUUUUUUGAAAUGUCAACAGCCCCUUUAGAGCUAACCUGCAGAUAUGAUGGCAUGCGCUCGAGGAAAAAAUGGAAAUAGAUUGAUGGGCUACCUUUUCCCGAAAGAUUUCCAGGAAACAUUAAAAAGCACCUUAUAGCGGC